AUGUUGCCAGGGCUACAGAUUGUGGGCAAUAGGGAGAGGUUGAAACCGGUGGCGAAUGUCAAUCUACGAUCCAACAAUUCUGAGCCGGUGGAACAGCGAGAUUCCGUCGUGUUGACCUGCAGCUCCCGGGGAUCUCAAGUGAAGCGGGAAUGGUUUUUCAACAAUCAACCCAUCCAGCAGAAUGACAGGAUAACUAUAUCCGGAGACACUCUGCUCAUUGCCCCAGUAAACAUGGCCGACACAAGGAUGUAUACAUGCAUCGUAAGCAAUGGACUGAACAACGGCAGCGCGGAGACCUACCUGGAGGGAAUCAUAGACUGCCCUUCUUCUAUUUUAGACAAUGUUCUGGGAGCUGGUGCGAUCGCUGGGAUUAUGAUUGCAGUAGUGGUUGUUGGUGCAGGCGGGAUCGGAGGUGGAAUAGCCUAUUUGAUGAGGAAAAAAAGGAACAGGCCGAAAGCCGAACCCGGGACGAAAUACGACGCGAACAGUCGUCCAAGGGGACAGACUACCUCGGCCACAGAUGCCGAGGACGGACUGGCAACCUAUGAAAACCUCCCGGGUAAAGAUCAGGGAACCACUCACGCGCCAGAGGGAGACCCCACAUAUAUGGGUCUGAAGCUGGAUGAUCGAUCGGUUUACGGUGAACUACGGAGGUAGCCGGGCCGACCCAUUGAUCAGCU